CAUGUCUUUGGCAAGUUGUUGCCUUUUUUGUAGCGGCGAGCAUGCUUGCCACGCCUCGCCUCAUUUCCUGUUCCACCGGCUACAAUUCGCCAUGCCGCUUACACUCGCUCAAGCUCAGCGCAACUCGCGCAGUUUGUACCGUCUCAUCCUUCGCGAGAGCCGCCAACUCGAACCCAACACGCGUGAGUUCUACCGUCGAUUCGCGCGAUCCGUACAGGGUUUCCAGAGCCACGCGAAUGAUACGGAUCCGACUGCCAUUCAAGAGCACAUUCGCCGCGUGGAGCAGGAUAUCCACUGCGUGCUGCUGGACCACGGACUGCACUCUUCUUAGAGCCAAAAGUGAGGAUCAUUGUACAUAAUAAAUUCUUCAGUGCACCUUUAUUACCUUAACGACUUAACUCGGUCCGAUUGCAGCUGCCGGGCUUAAGUUGGGGACAGCAGGGCUAGCAGCUGCAACAUUCGACGGAGCUGUAGCAUUGGCUGCCUUCGGUCGCGUGUGCUUCUUACUUGGCUUGCCUUUACCUGAACGCUCAGGCCACUUAUCUUCGCAGAACGACCGUGCAGCGUCUAAAAAGGCCUUCCACGCUUCUCUGCCUAGAGCAUCAAAGAUACGAGGAGGCAGCUCGUCCCGACGUAGAGCGUUCAUGAUAGCCGUGACGUUGGCGUUAAAAUCUCGAUCCAGAAUCAUUGCGUCCUUCUCCAAUAGACAGAUAUCUGUCGGGUACUUAAUAGCUCCCAUGAAGAACAAGGCUACCAUAGGAAGCUCAGCGUUCUCCAACAACAACCCGCAGUUGUCCAUCACCUGCUUUAGACGUUGCUGAGCACUGAGCACUUCCAGAUAGUAAGUA